UAAUAAAAUUUAUUUCAGAUGGGAGUAAGUGUAGUGGAUGCAUCUGUUGCUGGUCUAGGUGGAUGUCCUUAUGCUCAUAAUGCAUCCGGAAAUGUUGCCACUGAAGAUGUGGUGUAUAUGUUGCAUGGAAUGGGAAUUAAAACGGGUAUAAAUCUAAGUAAAUUACUAGACGCUGGUGAAUAUAUAUGUCAAGCUCUUAAAAAGACUUCAAGAUCCAAAGUUGCUGCAGCACUAAGCAAAUUGUAAUAAUAUAUCAGUUUAUUGACAGUCUAUUAGAUUUCAUGCAACACUCACAAGAUUAGAAUAUGAUAAAAUGAGUAUCAUGUAUUUUGUAAAGGUAUUUUAUUUAUAUUUUCAUAUAUUUCAUUUAUUUAUUUAUUCAAUAAGAAAAAUGUUAUCAUAACAAACAGUUAUUACUAUUUUAAAGUAUGAGAUGCUUGAUUUGAUGAAUGUCUGUCUAUUUGUAUACUUAUAAAAAAUGAGAAAAUAUAAUGUUUAUAAAUAGUUAAAAUAACUUAAUAUUUGAUAAGAAAACUGAUUUGGUAUAUUUAUAGAAUACUGUUUUACUAAGAGUUUUAAUGGUUGCAAGUUGUCAUGAAAUUACUAUAAUUAUAAACCUUAGAAUACUACUUUAAUAUGACAAUAAAACUGCUUUGUUUUGUUUAAAACUAAUAAUAAGUUAUAUUGAAACUCAAAUAUUAAUACAAUGAUGCUUUAAAUGUAUUUAUGUCCAAAAUUAUUCAAUGGAUUUUGCAUAAUUUUGCAUAGUUGUUAUUCCACUUUAAAAAAAUUAAAUAUAAAUUAUUUAAAGCAUUACUUGCUUCUGUAAUAGUUUACAAUGAUUUUGCAUAAGUGUACUUGUAGCUGACUAAAGAUUUAAUGAUACUGAGUUAAUUUUAUAAUAGUAUUCAUUUCAUAAAAAAAAAA